CCAAGUGGCCUUCUACCAGCGCACGGACCCGACCCAGCGGGAGGCCGGGGAGUUCAUGUUUGAGUUCGACCAGGACGAGAUCUUCCACGUGGACCUGGAGAGGAAGGAGACCGUCUGGCGCCUGCCUGACUUCGGCAAGUUCACCAGCUUCGAGGCGCAGGGCGCCCUGGGCAACAUCGCCGUGCUGAAGAAGAACAUGGAGAUCAUGAUCCAGAGGUCCAACCGCACACGGGCCCGGAAUGUGCCCCCUGAGGUGACCGUGUUCCCCGAAGACCCCGUGGAGCUGGGCGAGCCCAACAUCCUGAUCUGCUUCGUGGACAAAUUCUCCCCGCCGGUGCUACGCCUCACGUGGCUGAAAAACGGGCAGGAGGUGACCGAGGGCGUCUCCGAGACCGACUUCUACCCCCGCCAGGACAAUUCCUUCCGCAAGUUCUCCUACCUGCCCUUCCUCCCCAGCCAGGGCGACUUCUACGACUGCCGGGUGGAGCACUGGGGGCUGCCCGAGCCUUUCACGAAGCACUGGGAAGUCCAGGUGCCCACCCCUGUCCCCAAGACCUCAGAGACCCUGGUGUGCGCCCUGGGCCUGGCCGUUGGCAUCAUCGGUAUCAUCGUGGGCACCAUCCUCAUCAUCAAGGGCAUGAAGAUGAACGCCGCCCGCAACCCGCGGGGCCCCUUAUAAAUGCGGGGAGGAGCUGGGGCCCCCGAAUCCCCCAGGUGCCUUCGUGGGACGCACUCGCACGCCCCCUCCCCAUGCUGUACCCCAGCGUCCCUGCUCUGUGCCUGUCGGUGCCAGCUGCUGAACACAGGCGGGAGCCCCCUCGCCCUGUAACCACGACGAGCCAACCCGCUGGAGAUUUACUGGGGAGCUGGCCCAUUGGACUUCCCUCACUCACCCCCUGCUGGGCUUGGGAGGGGGACGCCUAUCCCGGGAGAGGGCUACUGCCCCAUGGGGCUGGGAAUGGGGGUCGGUCCUCGUCAGGGAGCAGCAAGGCCCACGGGGUUGAUCCAAACCCCAUUGCUGUCAUGGAGAAGGUUUCUCUUGACUCCGGUGUGCGCUGGAUUGGGCCCCGAGCCUGACCCCUGUUGGUCAGAGGCUGCUGUCAGUCACCCCAGGUAAAGCCCCUCAGCAGGCUUUGGGACAGAUUCGGCCAUUCCAGGUCAAUGGGGUCCCUGUGGGGCGGGAUCGGGCCCAUGGCUGGCAGUGGGGCAGCUCCAGCGCCUGGCUAAAGGCCCCAUUGCACCCGUGUGCGGCUCCCCCGGGGUCCAGCCCUGCUGAGCCCUGCGCCCAGCGCGGGGUCUGUGUGGAACGGGCCCAGCCCCUGUAUAGCCCCCGCCCUGUGCCCCGUGUGUGUCCACAGCCCGGCCACUCCCAAUCUCGCUCUGCAGCUUUGCUAACAGCAAUAAAGUGGGUUUUGGGAUGUUUCUGAGGUUUUGAUCAUGAUUUAAAAUCUGGUCAGUCUGUGCCGUGCCCGCGGCAGCCUGUGUUAUUCCAGCCCAGUCCCCGUCUGUCCACGGGCAUCGAGUUAUAGAGGGAGUUAAGGGAGUUUGGUAUGAGGGCUAAGGAAGGAGCCAGGACUCCUGGGUUCUGUCCCAGCUCUGAGUCGGGAGUGAGGGCGAGUGGGGGAGACCUGGGAGUCAGGAUUCUGGGGUUCCCAUUGGUGACACUGACUUGCUGCAAGUUGUGACACAUCAUGUGCCUCAGUUUCCCCUUGUGUGAAAUAAGGCCAGUCUCCUUCUGUGGUGGUGGUGGGAGCUCUGGGGCUGAGGGAUGGUCCAUGGAGAACUUUGAGCUCGUCUCAUGGCCAGGAGCCCAGGAGCAGGGCAGGGUUCAUGGGCCAGGCUCCCCCGGGACUGAACCCCGCAGGGUGAGCAGCUGCAGAGAGACACUGUGACACAAAAGGCAAAUCCCCCUGUCACGGAGUCCCCGGGCGAUGCUCUGGAACUGCUCCCUACGAAGCCAGUCAGGACUCUGGGGAGCCUCCUCUCUCUGAGCAGACUGUCUCCAGGGCAAGAAGCUCACACGGCUUCACCUUCCUGGGUCUGAAAUUGGAGCAUUCAGCAUCCCCUGCCCCUCCGGGCGCUUCCCUUUUUAUCCCACAAACACUGUUUUACAUCAUCAUCACACACAUUCAGGAAAUGCCCCUGAGCAACAGGAUCACCCAUUUCUGCAGAGCUUGUAACACCUUCCCCCGUACCCCAUUCUCCAUCACCUCUCUCAUCUGCUGCCACAGGCCACAUUACUCAUUCCAGCCCCUCGCUUUAGGCUUCUGAAUUUUACUCUAGACGGUUCAAGUGUGAAAGUGUUUUCAAACCAUUCCCUUGAAUUUACCAUAAUUUGCAGCAUCAUCAAUAGGCAUCUUAUUGAAUCUGUCCAGAGCUUUCCCAGACACCUUUGCAACCAACGUGGGCAUCGUUUGGUCUUCAGGAUCGCCUGGAGCUCACACAGCCGCUCAGAGGUGAUGAAAUAUUCAGCCAUGUCCCUGUCUUGCUGUAGGCAGGACACAGCCUCUCCCAUUGGUGGAUUUUUGGAAUGGUGGGACCCCCUGGUGUGUCUGUGGGGUGCUGGUUCUGCCUCUCUAGCAAAUCCAGUUCAUGCUUCCUCUCUCCUUCCUUCUCCAUGGCGAGCUUCUGGGCCUUGGAUUCCUUAUCAGCCUCUAUCGGUCUCAGUUCCAGGGCGCUCUGGUGCGCAGCCUCCUGUCCGGCAUCCCUGCUUGUGUGGUUCUUCACUCUCCCGCUUCUCGUGCAUUGAUCUCCAGCUGCUUUAAUUCCAUUUGCCUUUUGCUCCCUCCAUCUCCCCUCCCCCCCA